AUGUACCCUGCAGACAACCAACCAAAUUUUUCAAUUUUCCAACAACAUGCACAGGCGUUAGCCCCAGCUCCAAGCCUCCAUGUAACAACUUCUGGGGCACGUUUCUUAAUUCCCCUUGUCCCCUCCAUCCCCGGCAAUUCUCCCUCCACCAACCACCACUGCACCGGUCCCUGCUGCUGCAGCUGCACGCCCAACGAUCACUGCUUCAGAGAAGUUCGAUGGGAAGCCCUAAUCUAUCAAUUCCGUUUAGGCCUCUUGGAGGACAUCAGAGACCACCUGUUACUGAUGUCCACUUUCUCCCGGUCACUGCAUAUUCAGCCCCCAGGGAACCCGCAGUCACACAUCGACACCAUACCCCAGAGGAAAUGGACAAACGCAGGUGUGAGGGCCGCUGUCUAUAUUGCGGCUCUAUUGAACCCCUCCGACCCGCCUGCCCCCUCUGAUUGGUUACUCCUCCUCAACACACAACCUCCACUAAGCUCUGUGGUUGCACCCAUCACUGCCCUCACCCGCAAGAGCCUCAACGUCGGGAAAUGGAACCCUGAAGCCCACCAAGCCUUCCUAAGGCUGAAGGACCUUUUACCUCAGCCCCACUCCUCCGGCACCCCUACUCCACAAGUCCCUUUGUGGUUUACGUUUUCCAUCACCUACAUGCCGGGCUCCAAGAACCUUAAAGCUGACGUGCUCUCCAGGCUUUACGAUCCACUAGAUCAAGACGCACCUGACCAGAUCAUCCCUCCGGAGAAGAUCGUCGCUACUAUCCGACUGUCCAUCCUAGAUCAGGGCAGAAGGGCUCUUCAUGGUAAGACCACUAUUAUGGUCCUCACGGACCAGUUUAAGAAAGCUGCCCAUUUCAUCCCAUUUCCUGCCCUGCCCACCGCCCUUGGAAUGGCUGACCUCUUCAUCCCCCACGUGUUCCGCAUCCAUGGGAUACCGAAGGACGUAGUUUUUUUCGUCUCUAGGUUCUGGAAGGCCUUCUGUAAGGCCGCUGGUACUUCCGUCUCUCUAACUUGCAGCUACCACCCUGAGGCCAAUGCGGUCCGUAAGUAUUCCAGUAAAAAAUACCUUAUAAUCGACUUGUCAGCCUCCCAUAACUCCCACGUGCCAAGUCUCAAUAGCCUUAUUCCCAGUUCAGACUUCUCCCUCCACUAUGCCACAAUCGACCAUGCCAUUUCUCUCAUCAAAAUCGCAGGUCCGGGCACCUGGCUCGCUAAUGCCGACAUCUCCAGUGCCUUUAAAGUUAUGCCUCUCGAUCCAGACUUCUGGCACCUCUUUGGAGUUCAUUGGCGGAACAAGUUCUUCUUCGCAGUCCGCCUUACUUUCGGAUGCAGGAGUAGCCCAAAAAUUUUCGAUACCUUAGCCGAAGCUCUCUGCUGGAUCCUCUUGAAUAACUAUAGGCUCCCUUUUCUCGUCCACCUUCUCGACGAUUUCCUUACCAUAGAUUUUCCUCACACCCCACCCGCAAGAGCCUCUUCCACACUUACUUCCGUUUUCGGGAAACUAGGGGUACCUCUCGCCACAGACAAAACCACUGGUCCCUCCCAUAUAAUCCAAUUCCUCAGGAUCACCCUCAAUUCCAUUAAUUUCUCCGUCUCCAUGCCUUGCGACAAGAUCGACAGGAUCUCUACCUAUUCUUCCGCCAAAUCUUGCACAAAGAGGGAACUUCUCUCUCUGCUCGGCCACCUCAAUUACGCCAUGCGUAUCAUUCCCCAAGGAUGGUCAUUCAUCCCCUACCUUCUCGACUUCACCUCUUCCGUGUCCUCUUCUUACCACCACGUAAGCCUUUUAGCCGACUGCAAGUCCGAGCUCAGGCUUUGGCAACUUUUCUUGGCCAAUUGGAAUGGCAUAUCUCUCUUCUACGAUGACCUCCUCUCUGACGCCGAGGAUAUCCAGCUUUUCACAGAUGCAGCCCCCUCAGUCAGUUUUGGAGGCUAUUACAAAGGCCAAUGGUUUGCGACCCCUUGCCCUCAUGAAUUCUCUUCGAUCCCUUUCGCCGACCAGUCAUUGGCCCUGUUCGAAAUAUUUCCAAUUGUUGUUGCAGCUUCUCUUUGGGGCCACAAUUGGAAACAAAAUCCGUCCUUAUCCAUUCGGACAACUAUGCAGUAG